AUGGCUAUACCCUCAAUAAUAGACCUCGGGACCUGCACGAAGAUGACUCCCAACGCUAUAAAUAAUUUUGAUAUCUCGGAAAUCAUAUGUAACACUCGCGCCUUCGGACUGCAUAUCUAUAAUAGGGUAACGGCCCACCCGAACGAGGUUCUACAGAUCCCUUCGCGAGAACCAGGAUGGUUAAUUCGGAUCCACGUCUACAAUACUCUCAAUCGUAAAUACCAAUUAAUCCCCGUGCUGAUCAACUUCCAUGGAAGUGGCUUCGUGGUUCCUCUCCACGGUAUCGAUGACGAAUACUCCCGGGUAAUCGUCGACAAAAUCGAUUAUGCCGUUCUCGAUUGCUCUUAUCAAUUGGCUCCUGAGAACCCUUGGUCAACGGUAGUUCACGAUGUAGAAGAUGUGGUUAAGUGGGUGCUUUCGCAGUCCUCGAAGUUCACACUCUCGCAGAUCUCGAUUUCGGGCUUCAGUGUUGGUGGAAGCCUUGCGCUCAUCAUGAGCGGAGUAGUGUUUCCUUUCGGAACAUUCCGGAAUGUAAUCUCCGUUUAUCCAGCUACAGACCUGGCGCAAAACUCGACGGCUAAGAUAGCUCCUAAGGCGGAUCCAUCGCUUAAUAAUCUUCCUGCCGAGCUCAUAAAUGUUUUCCUCUCAUGUUAUGUUCCUAACACUAAGAAGCGUAAGAACCCUCUUGUCUCGGCUUCCUUUAUUCCUGUGGAGAACUUCUCUAGUCGGUUCUUACUCGUCACAGAUGCUGACGAUGCACUUUGCCUUGAAGCAGAAGCACUCGGCCGCGAGAUCAAGGAAUAG